AUGGAGUUGGGAAGGUGGCUCAAACAUGCUUAUGCAAUAUCAAUUGUGCUUCUUCUGCAUAUCAACGCUUCCUUAUCCCUUGGCCACCACCAUGCUAACGUGACGGCAAGAUGCCUAGAGAGGGAGAGGGAUGCACUCCUUGCUAUCAAAGGAGACCUGGUGGAUGAAUACAACCUGCUCUCUUCAUGGGGAAGCGAAGCCAAAAAGCGAGACUGUUGCGGAUGGGAAAGAGUCCACUGCGAUCACCAGACUGGCCAUGUUAUUCAACUUCAUCUGAAUGGAGAACCGUUGUUGACCUAUUUGCAAGGUGAGAUUAGUCCUAAAAUCAUUGAGUUACAGCAUUUGGAAUAUUUGGACCUCAGUCACAAUCCCUUCAGGCAAAUUCCAGCAAUCAUUUGUUCUUUAUUCAAUUUAAGACACCUAGAUCUCAGUUUCAAUUUCAUUGGCUUCUCUAGGAGCAAAAUUCCGGAGCUCAUUGGUAACUUGACCAAUUUAAGAUAUCUAGAUAUGUCUGCCAAUUUUCUAGGUGAUGAAACUCCAUAUCAUCAGCUUGGAAACCUUACUCACUUGCAGUAUCUCAAUCUCGGGUAUAAUGACAUCACUCAUGGUGUAGAAAACCUCCAUUGGCUCCCACAUCUUUCAUCAUUAAAAUACCUGGACCUGAGUUCUACCAAUCUAAUUAAGGUUUCUGAUUGGCUGGAAACAAUAAACAAGCUCCCCAAUUUAAGAAAUUUGACCUUGAGAUUAUGUAGUCUUCCUCCUCCAACUCUUUCCACUCUUUCUCACAUAAAUUCUUCCAAUUCUCUUGUAAGUGUUGAUUUGUCCAAAAAUCCUGCUGUCAGUUCUUCAAUAUUCAAAUGGUUGUGCAACUACAAUACCACCCUUGUUCAUAUUGACCUCUCUUUCAACCAAUUAAGUGGUUUGAUUUCGAAUGCUUUCAGUAACAUGAGCUCACUUGCAUAUCUUGACCUCUCUUCCAACCAAUUAAGUGGUUUGAUUCCAGAUGUCUUCAAAAACAAGAGCUCACUUGCAUAUCUUGACCUCUCUAAUAACCAACUUGAAGGAGGAAUCCCAGCAUCCAUUGGCCAGUUAUGUAAUUUGCGAACCUUGGCCAUUUCAGACAAUAGGUUACAUGGACAGUUCUCUGAAUUUGUUCAAACUUUGUCUAUUUGUACUCAAAACUCAUUGGAGAGAUUGUAUCUAUCUCAAAAUGAUCUUGCUGGGUCAUUGCCUAAUCUUGCAAACUUUCAAUCAUUGAAGGAAUUAUAUCUCUCUGAAAACCAGUUGAGUGGAAUCAUUCCUGAUAGUAUUGGAAAGUUGUCUUCAUUGAAGACAUUAGAUCUCGAAGAAAAUAGGCUAAGCGGAAUGAUACCGGAGAGUAUUGGGCAAAUGUCAUUGUUGAGAGAGUUGUAUCUACAGGGAAACCAACUUAGUGGAAUGAUACCAGAGAGUAUUGGGCAAAUGUCAAUGUUGAUAGAGUUGUAUCUACAGGGAAACCAACUUAGUGGGAUGAUACCGGAGAGUAUUGGGAAAUUGUCAGCCUUGCAUAAAUUAGACCUCUCCGGUAAUCGAUUAAACGGGACAGUACCUAAAAGUAUUGGACAAUGCUCAGAAUUGUCCAAUAUGAAUCUUAGUAAGAAUUCUUUAGAAGGGGUAAUUUCGGAAGUUCAUUUUUCAAAAUUGUCUGCACUGGAGGCAUUGGAUUUAUCCUAUAACCCAUUAGUUUUCAAUGUCAAUUCUGACUGGGUUCCUCCUUUUCAAUUGGGCUCUCUAAGUUUGAGGUCUUGCCAGAUGGGGACAUAUUUCCCAAACUGGCUUCGAACUCAACAAAGUCUUUCCAAACUUGAUAUCUCCUAUGCUGGAAUUUCAAAUGUCCUUCCAAGUUGGUUCUGGAGUCUCUUUGGUAACAUUCAUGCAAUAGAUCUCUCUCAUAAUCAACUUAGAGGAACAUUUGAGAGUUCAAAAUUGAAGGUUUCAUCAUCAUAUGAAGUUGAAGUUCAUUUUGGUUCGAACCAAUUCGAAGGUUCAAUACCGUCAAGUUUAUUAGCUGCGUCAUAUUUGGAUCUCUCCAAUAAUAAGUUCUCAGACAUGACAUCCUUGUGUGUUACUUCAGAGCUUCAGAGUUUAAAGUUUCUUAAUCUCUCAGGCAAUCAUGUUUCAGGAGAAAUUCCAGAUUGUUGGAGGCAUUUGGUCUCCCUAAAACUACUCGAUUUGAGUAGCAAUGCUUUUUCCGGGAAAAUCCCAACCACUAUAGGCACUUUAUUUCGAAUGGAAACAUUGAAAUUGAGAAGCAACAAACUUGUGGGAGAAUUGCCUUCAUCCUUGAAGAAUUGUAAGAGCUUAAAAGUGAUUGAUCUUGGAGAUAAUCAGCUUUUAGGAUCAGUCCCUGAAUGGUUGGGAGUUAGUUUUCCAAAUUUGGUUAUACUAAUGCUUCGAUCUAAUCAGUUUAGAGGGAGUUUGCCUUCACAGUUAUGUCAUUUAACGCACAUUCAGAUUUUGGAUUUCUCUGUGAAUGAAAUAUCUGGAGCUAUACCUAAAUGCCUCAAUAAUUUGACUUCUUUAACUCGAGAAGGAAAUUCAAGUCUAACCAUCAGACAUUCUUUUCAUCCAUCUUAUGCACAAGCACCUGGGAUGGCGGAAGCACCUUCGCCUGCUGAUAUGGCGGAAGCGGAAGCACCUAUGAUGCCAUCUGAUUAUUAUGAGGAUGAUGCAACCUUCAUGUGGAAAGGAAUAAUGUCUUCAUACAAAAACACUCUGGGGCUAGUCAAGAGAAUUGAUCUCUCAAGUAACAGAUUAACUGGGGAGAUUCCAAGUGAAAUCACUCAUCUUGUUGGGCUCGUUUCUCUGAAUCUUUCAAGGAACAAUUUGACUGGACAAAUACCUCUAGAGAUCGGAAAGUUGAAGUCACUAGAUUCUCUUGAUUUGUCUAGCAACAAGAUAGGUGGCAGGAUUCCAACAAGCCUUGCUCGGAUCGAUAGACUUACUUACAUGAAUUUAUCAUAUAACAACUUGUCUGGUGAAAUUCCAACUGGCACUCAGCUCCAGAGCUUUGAUCCAUCCUUUUAUGCUGGAAAUCCUCAAUUGUGUGGACGUCCACUUGAAGCUUGUAAUCCAGAGGGAACUGGUGGGCCAAAUGUCUCGAGUGAUCAAGAAGAUCCAGAUGAGCUCAUCACACCGGGCUUUUACAUAAGUCUGGGACUUGGAUUUGCUGUUGGAUUCUGGGUUGUCUGUGGGAGCUUGAUAUUCAAGCGGUCAUGGAGAUAUGCAUACUACAACUUCUUGAAUGCUUUAAAUGAUUGGCUUUAUGUGAGGGUAGCUUUGAUCAGACGGCAAUUAAAGGAUAUGCUUAGUGGACAAUCUUAAGCGGUAAUCUCUCUCUUUCUCUACAUCUGUGUGUUCAUCAUAGAGAGAGUGCGUGGAGAGGGAGAGGGAUGCACUCCUAGCUAUCAAACAAGACCUGGUGGAUGACUACAAGUGACUUUCUUUAUUCGGCAGCAAAGCCGAAAAUCAAGACUAUUGCAGAUGGGAAGGACUACUGUGACCCCCAGACGGACCUUAUCAAUCAACUUCAUCUUGGAGGAGUCUCUCCACAAGGUGAGUUUUUCAAAGGUAAAGGCAGUCUUAAACUCAUUGAGUUGCAGCAGUUGGAAUAUUUGGACCUCAGUCACAAUGACUUCAUUUUGGGCCAAAUUCCAGCGCUCAUUUGAUCCACGUCCAAUUUAAGACACCUAAAGCUCAACUCCAAUGACUUCACCGGGAACAAAAUUCCAGAGCUCAUUGGUAAUCUGACCAUUUUAAGAUAUCUAGAGCUCUAAUGCUGUCUUAGGUGGUGAAAUUCCACAUCAUCAGCUUGGAAACCUUACCAGCAGUAUUAUAAACUCGCUAUUACCACUUCACUCAGGCUGUACAAAAACCUCAAUUGGCUCCCUCGUCUUUCUUUAAAAUAUCUGGACCUGACUUGGGCCGAUCAAAGACUUCGGAUUGGCUGGAAACAAUAGACAAGCUCUCUAAUCUAAGAAACUUGACCUCAAUGGGGAUGUGAUCUGCUUCCUCCAAUUCUUUCCACUCUGUCUCACAUAAAUUCUUCCAAUUCAUUCAUUACCAGAAAUUUUCUUUUAUUAAAUGAUUUCUACCGUUACUGUAGGAACUUGUUGGAGAACUCUCCAGUCAACUGUU